AUGUCAAGGAGACAUCAAAAGAAUACAGAAAAACAAUUGAUAGAUAUUGUAAAUAGUAGAGGUAAUGAUAAUAAAUGUGGAGAAUGUAAAGCCCAAUAUCCAACUUGGGCUUCAUAUAAUUUAGGUAUAUUUUUAUGUGGUAGGUGUGCAUCAGUUCAUAAACGAAUUUUAGGUCCACCAAAUUAUAAUAUAUCAAAAGUUAAAUCAUUAACUUUGGAUAAUUGGACAGAUGAACAAGUUAACAAAUUACGUAAAAUAGGAAAUGCAAAAGCAAGAAAGAAAUGGAAUUCUAAAAAGAUUCCAUUUCCAUAUGAUGGAGAUGAUGAUGUUGGAGUUGUUGAACAAUAUAUUAGAGACAAAUAUAUACUAGGUAAAUAUAGAGAUGAUGAUAUAGAUCAGCAUGAGUUCGAUGAUGAUAGAAUGUCAAAAUAUAGUAACGCAAGUGAUGAUAUAGUUUCAAGAAGAUCAAGAUCAAAUAGUACAAGAAGUAUUCCUGGUGUUAUUCCAAAAUUAACUCAUAGAAAAUUAACAACUUUUGAAUAUACUCAAUAUCAAAAUCAAGUAAAUAAAAUAAGAACUUUUGGGUAUAAUGACAGAGAUGAAAUUUUAGAAAGUUUAUUAUUAAGUAAUGGUAACAUUGAUAGAGCUUUGGAUAUUUUAGAUCAAGAUAUUAAAAUAAAUCCAGCAAAAGAAGAAACAGCUCCAAGUUUACCAAAUAGACCUCGUGCUUCAACAACAACUAGUACAAACACAGUACAAAGUCAACCAACAUCAUCAAAUUCAGAUUGGUGGAGUUCAAACGGUCAACAACAACAACAACUACCACAACAACAAACAGGUAUAAUACAACAACAACCUCAAAUAUAUCAAUACACAGAUCCAAUAACGGGACAAAUAUCAUAUGUUGAUCAAAAUGGUCAAGAAUAUUUAGAUCCUAAUAAUCCUCAACAUCAACAACAAUUACAAGCCAUGAAUAAUCCUCAAUUAAUUGCUCAACAAACAAGUAAACAAAAUAUAAUGUCGUUAUAUAAUCAACCUACUGGUGUUGUAUCUCCUCAACAACAGCAACAGCAACAGACUGGGUAUUUUGGUCAACAGCAACAACAACCUCAACAACAAAUUUUCCAACAACAACAAACUCCACAAUUUACGGGUUUUCAACAAGUACCACAACAACAACAACAAACUGGAUAUUUUGGACAACAAUAUACUGGGUAUGGUCAACAACAACAAGGGUAUUAUCGUUAA